CAAAACAACAGUACACAUUACAGUCUAAGGACUCGUCCAGAUACACUAAGAACUGCUUUUUCACUGUCAUGAAGAUAGUUUUUUCAUACCAGAAGACAGUUUUCAUAAAAUAUAGCUUUAAAUAAAUCAGUAACUACUACACAGCUUUUUGACAUAUCAACCAUCUAAAAGGACUGAACUGCUUCUUUGUUGAUUUUUUUUUUUGUCUGUUACAUGUAAGGAAUAUUUCAGAUUUCUGGAGACUCCUUGAAGAACAUUUCAUUAAGAAGCAGCCAUUUAGGACAUGGAAGAGGAAGACUUCACCAGCCACAGUGAAGAUGAAAGCCCCAAUGGCAGCUGGUCCUGGUUGCAAACCAUGAAUUAUGUGGGUCAGCUGGCGGGGCAGGUGUUUGUGCAGGUCAAGGAGCUGUACAGAGGGCUCAACCCUGCAACACUGUCUGGGUGUAUAGAUGUCAUUGUGGUCCGGCAGCCAGAUGGCUCCUUACAGUGCUCUCCGUUUCACGUCCGCUUUGGCAAGAUGGGUGUGCUGCGGUCACGUGAGAAAGUGGUGGACAUAGAAAUUAAUGGAGAGCCAGUGAGCUUACACAUGAAGCUGGGAGAAAAUGGAGAGGCUUUCUUUGUUAAAGAGACUGAGAACAAAAUGGAAGUGGUUCCAUCCUACCUGGCAACAUCACCAAUCAUGUCAACAGGGCAGGAGUUAAUGAAGUCACAUCUGGCCAGGGGCAACUCUCGUCACCAUGACUCCAUCCCAUGCGGCCCGCUUCCUGUUCAGAAUCUGGGACUGCAGCAAAGUGAAGGAGGGUUGACCAAGAAGAGGAGAAAGAGAAAGAAGAAGGCACGGCCAGAGGGAGGUGGAGGAGGCGCAGGACUGAGGAGAGAGGAAAGUGGAGAAGAGUUCUCAGAUGAUGAGGACAUGUUCACUAUUGACCUGAGCUCAGAUGAGGAAAUGGAGGGGGACAGCAGCAGACCUGUGUAUGGCGAUCAGGGAUUGACUGCCAAUGCCCACAUUCUCCCCAGCACUGACUGGACUCAUUCACAGAGUAAAUUGAUUAAGAAGACUCUGUCCAUUCCUCAGCCCUGUGGUCUAUCCAUCUCCUGUCCUCAGCAGUCCUCUCACUUCUCUUCCCCUACUAGUAGCCCAGACGAUUCGCAGUCAUCAACACCAAAGAGUGACUCAGAGCUAACAAAUCCAUCUAAGGACAACCCUGAGAUGCUAUGGACCUGGGGGGAGUUACCACAGGCUGCCCAGCCAUCUUUCCUGACCGCCCACCAGAAGCAGGAUUCUGCUGCUGUUGUCUCCAUACCGGUGUCUUCUAGCACUCACUUCCGAGCCAUCAGUGACACGGGAACUCCAUGCAGUCCAGUGCCACCACUGGACAAAGACACAGAGGAAAACAGAAAUGGACACAUUGUCAGAGAACAAGAGAGAGAAGUGGAAAGCGUUGGGCCGUCAUGUGUACAGAUGGAGAGUUUGACAACAUGCUCAGUGUCUCAAAGAAUUCUUCCUGAUCAUUUGGAAGAUAGCAGGAAUAGUCCCAUCAAAAGGACUGAUUCACCGUCCAAGAGGAAAGAAAAGAGAAGUCAACACCUGGGUGCUGAUGGUAUUUACCUGGAUGACAUUACAGAACUGGAGCCUGAAGUAGCUGCUCUUUACUUUCCUAAAACUGACGGAGGCAGCAGCUCGAUGAAGGGGGACACUGAGAUGAUGGUGGGUGUGCGGAGCGCUAACCAAUCCCCACAGUCAGUGGGCAGCAGCGGGGUGGACAGUGGCGUGGACAGUUUGGUGGAUCAAGUGUGUGAUCUACCUCAUGUCGCCAUCUCUUUGUGUGGAGGACUCACUGAUAACAGGGAGAUUACAAAAGAGCAAUUCAUGGAGAAGGCUGUUUCCUACCAACAGUUCUCUGAAAACCCUUCUAUUAUUGAUGACCCUAACCUUGUGGUCAAGAUAGGAAGCAAGUACUACAACUGGAACACAGCUGCUCCUGUCAUGCUGGCCAUGCAAGUCUACCAGAAACCACUGCCACAGUGUUGGUGUUUGAGUUAUGUGUUUUCUGCUUUUGGCUUCUUCUCAUACUGCCUCCCUGGUCUGUUUGGCUCCAGUCCUUCCCAGCCUGCAUCGGUGGAGAACAUUAUGAAGGACAAGAUGCCAAAGAAAGGAGGACGCUGGUGGUUCUCGUGGAGAAGCAGGAACAAUGACUAUAAGUCAGAAUCAGUGACAGAAGCAGCUGGAGACCAAGACGAGACUUCCAUAACAAUGGCCCCAGUAAACAGGCUGAAGGAUGAAUCAUCCUCAAGUGAUGAAGACCACAAAUCAUCCAGUCAGCUAUCAGGAGUCUUUCAGUCGGAGCCCCUUGAAAGUUCUGGUGGCAUUUGUUACAAGAAGACUCUUCGGCUCACGUCAGAGCAGCUGGCUAGCCUGCAGCUAAAGGAGGGUCCUAAUGAAGUGGUGUUCAGCGUGACCACUCAGUAUCAAGGCACGUGCCGAUGUCAUGGCACAAUCUAUCUUUGGAGCUGGGAUGACAAGAUAGUCAUCUCCGAUAUAGAUGGAACCAUUACAAGAUCAGACACUCUGGGCCACAUCCUCCCUACACUGGGUAAAGACUGGACACACCAGGGCAUCGCACGGCUCUACCACAGAGUCAGCCUAAAUGGAUAUAAAUUCAUGUACUGUUCUGCAAGGGCCAUUGGCAUGGCUGACAUGACAAGAGGUUACCUCCACUGGGUCAAUGAAAGGGGAACCAUGCUGCCAAUGGGCCCAGUGCUGCUCAGCCCAAGCAGUCUUUUUUCUGCCUUGCACAGGGAGGUGAUUGAGAAGAAGCCCGAGAAGUUUAAGAUUGAGUGUCUCACAGACAUCAAGCACCUUUUCUACCCGAACACUGAACCAUUCUACGCUGCUUUUGGCAACAGAGCUACGGAUGUCUAUUCCUAUAAGGAGGUGGGCGUUCCACUCAACAGGAUUUUCACUGUCAAUCCUAAGGGGGAGCUGGUGCAGGAGCAUGCCAAAACAAAUAUUUCCUCCUAUGGCCGUUUGUGUGAUAUGGUGGAUCAUGUCUUUCCGGUCUUCAUGCAAGGUGAGGAAGCAGACUUCCCUCACUCUGAUACUUUUGACCAAUGCAAUUACUGGAACAAAGUACUUCCUGAAGGCACUAUUGACGGAGAGGAAGACCCACAGCCAGCCAAGAUGAGCUGAAGAAACUGCUGAAUCUAGCAUGAAGCAGCUUUAGCAUAAAUGUGAAGAUGAAUGAAGCCAUCAAGCUUUUCCUAAUAUGGUAAAUCAAGAUGGCUCCUAACUCACAGGUGAUCCUUAAAAAAAUAAUUCAAUUCAAAGGAAAUGAAUGUUUUUUUUUCUACAGUAAACACAAAGAAACAAGCUGUGCUAACAUUUAGGAGUGAUAACAAAAGUAGUCAGGGAGACGGAGAUAAAAACAGAGGACUAAAAAUGACAACCUUAGGAUCAAUUGCUAAUGAGACUGCUGAGUGAAAAAAGAAAAGAGAUUUAAAAAAACAAACAAACAAAAAAAGCAAAACCAAAAUAAUUCUGUGAUGAAAUUCAGCAGCUGGUUGGGAAUUAAACGAACUCACAUUUGCAAGUGUACUGACUCUAAUGCAUACACAUAGUAAACCUUGCAAACAGCAUGAGUAUAUAUUUCUUUAGAUUUUUUUGUUAUGCUACAAAAUGUUUCUCAAAACAUGUUUGUUGGUUCUCUAAAGGCACCAAGGCAGAACUAACUGAUUCCUUCGACUGGCUACCAUUCUUGCCUUUAACCUACACCCAUCAUGUAUAUUCUAAAGGAUAUCAAUUAGUAAAUCAACUAUUUCAGCUAUUGCCUAAAUAGCAGACAAUAAAACAUAAAUUGCCAAUUUAGUUCAGCUUUUGAAAUCCUAGAUGGGCCCUUUGCUGCGGUUUCUGUUCUGCUCGUAGCAUGCAGUAUUAGUUGUACUUAGACUACAACUUUAAAUAAGAUUCUAUCUAGCUAUGUGGCUAAAGGUUGUUUUCUGACCUCAAGUACAGUGGACAUUUUGCACCAGAAAAUGCAGACUAUAUAUGGUAAAACCAUCCAGAGCAUGCAAAAAUAGCACAAAUAGGGUAUGCAAAAAUCUCCUGUGCCAAACUCCUUUGCAAAGUAAAGCAUGUGGUCUUUUGACCGUGCUACUGUGAAACAUGUGGCCAUGGCACAUAUUAUAGUCUUCAGUGACUAUAUUCAAGACAAGUGCAAGACAAUGCAAUGAAAUUCUGUCUGUUUCUAUCUAUUGUUUUUAAAUGUACAAAAAAGGAAAUUCUGUGAUAUCGUAGAAUGUAAUAUACGAAUCUCUCUACUCAUUCUAAUAACUAAUGCCCAUCAAUGCAAUUGCUUCAUAAGCUAAUUUAACACUAAGUAUAUUUUCAGUUUUGUAAUGCAAUAUGACAUAUUGCACAGGUUCAUGUAAAGCACUUAUCUGUCCUGUAGAGGAAAGUAAAGGAAGAGUAUUCAGAUUCUGUAAAGUUUUUGUAUGAAACAUGCCUAUUUUUUGUAGUUUGUACAUAUGGGUUUUUUUUGUCUGUUAUCAGACGUUUGUAUUUUCAUCAUUUAUCUAAUAACAUAGACUAAACAACUUUUAUGCCUAAUGUAAACCUUUCUUUUAAUUUAUAUUACUUAACAUGGGAAAACCACUGCGUAUGGUGUUAACAUAAUUUUUGUGACCGUAUGAACUAUGAUACAAGUUCUUGUGAAUCAGUAAAUUGUCUAAAAUACCUAUAUGCUGGUGCUCAUUCAAAUAUUCACACCCAAUUUAAGGCUUCAAGGCAAAUCUCUUUUUAAGUCAACUAAGAGGUGCCAUUUUCAUCACGCAACCACUGAAGCAAUAAAUCAACACCCAGUUGUUUUAGUGCUGCCUCUGGUUUGAGCCGUUAAUGGCAACCAAGAUAAAACCUCAACUGUUCACAAAAACAGAUAUGUUUCCACUGCCUAACUGGUUUUAAAUCGCAUAAAGAUUUAUUCCCAGAGUACUUCGUUAGAUUUUUAGUUUGAAAUUAACAAGUAUAUUUUCAGUACACAAGUAUUUGUUCAUGUGUCUUGUACUGAAAUACCAGAAUGCCAGAAACAAAUCUGACUGAUUGUGAUUCACCUGGUUAUACUGUCACUGUUUGUACAUAUAACAGAUACUCUGUGUAUUGUGAUUAACUUAAAAGAAAGUCAGGAAUUUAUUUUUUAUUUAACGAAAAACUGUCUUUGGGAAGUCCAGUGUAAUUUGUGCCAGAGGAAAAAGAUGCUCAGAACGCAUGCUCUUAAGUAAUGACUGUUGUGUUGUCGCCUGAUCUUUUGAGGAGGCAUGGAGAUGAGAUGAGAUCAUUGUGUCAAAAUUCAAAUUUUGCUUCCAGCAUUUUUAAAGAAAAUCCCAUUUGGUGAUUGCUAAUUUCUUUCUGUGAAAGAUUCAUUCAAACUGUUGACUAGUUUUCACUCUGACUCUGACUCUGUGUUGAUUUAGAUGAUUACUUUGCUGCUUCCCAUGUAAAUGUUAUGUUUUUGGCUCUAAGCAACAGGCCACCAGUAUCCAGUGCAAACCAUUGUUAACAUUGUAAUUCAAUCUGUACAAUGGACACAUCUUUAAUAAACUUAAAGUUAAUAUUGA